AUGUUGCGGCUGGCUGGUGUUGCGGCUUUGUUUGGACGGUGCCUGAAAAAGGAAGCAAUGUCCUGGGUCCAGGAGGUGGAGGGAGUCGUGGGCGUAGUCUGGGUACCGGGCAUAGGGCAAAAGUUGUUUAUCAUCCUCAGCAUCACGGUCCGUGAUGUGGCCAUUCUAAAUGGAAGUUGUAUACAUUGCCACAGUCUCCUUCCUUGUAUGAGAAGAGAUGAGAUCAUGGAGAACGUUACUACGAUUGGUAGUCAUAUAUUUCUCAUGGGCCUUGCAGAGCUAGGUAACUUGAGAUAUUUGUAUUCCUUCACAACUCUGGUCACCUAUCUAAUUGUCAUGGUGUUGUGUUCGGUGAUUGUGCUCGUCACCUGGACUGAGGAAACCCUCCAUGAGCCCAUGUACAUUUUCAUCUCCAACCUCAUGCUGGCGGACAUGUAUGGAAGCACGGCCUUGAUGCCCAAACUGAUCAUUGACUUGGUGACGGGGUGUAUGAUGAUCUCAUUAACGGAAUGCUUGGCCCAGGGCUUCUUUCUCCAGAGCUUUCCUCCUGUAGAGAUUUUGACUUUCACUGCCAUGGCGUACGAUCGCUACUUGGCCGUUGCCCACCCUUUGAUGUACCCUAUAUGGAUGACCAACAAGAGGGCUUUCAAAAUUCUCGUGGUGAUAUGGAUUUAUGUGUAUGUAGGGAUAUGUGCGAUUGUGCUCAUAGCUUCAAGGCAAACUCUGUGUGGUGUUCAAAUCAACAGCGUGUUUUGUGAAACCAUUUCCCUUACACACUUGUCCUGUGGGAACACAACACUCAGCAUAGUCUUUGGGUUUACAUGGACCAUGCUCAUGAUAAUCAAACUUAAGAAAAAGCGAGUCCUUUCAGAGGUUGUCCGCAAGCCUGCUGUGACUCCUGGUGCACCAAGACUGCAAGCCAGACACUGCACUUCAGCUUCCACAGCCAGCAAUCAGCUACAGUCUGGAGGAUUCACCGUAGCAGCCUGA